UGCUGUUUGCGGCAAGUAUACUACUUAUUUUUAACCUGGAAGAUGACCUCCAAAAGUACAGAUAUUCCACUUAUGUGGUUUAAUGAAAUCGACUUAUGGCACUUACUUAGUAGACGUUUAUCUUACCCGUGCUCUCUUUACUAGAAUGAUAAAAUCAGUUGUAGAUCACUCUUGUAACAUACAUUUUAUAAAAAAUAAAACAACACAAUAAACAUAAAAUGAUUAAAGCACAUCAGCCAAAGAAAAAAUUAAAAGUUUGUUUUACGGAUCAAGUUCACAGUCCCAUUGAUGAUCAUGACACUAUCAAUGGUUCCAUCAUACACUCUGUAAUAAUUCCAGACGAACUUCUAUUAAGUAUAUUUUAUGCAAUGGAUGCCAAAAGUUUGCUUCAUUGUCACAUGGUUUGCCGGCAUUGGCGUUAUCUCAUUAGAAAUCGAGUGUGGUAUAAAAAAGCAGAACUGACAGUGGGUCAAAGUUUGCCACUUUCCGACAAAAUUCCAUGGACUGCGUAUUGUUUCAUUUGUGCCAAUAAGCCCUUUUACAAAAAUUUAGUAAAAAAUCAUUCUAGAGAAGAAGGUUUAUUUAAAUACUGGAAAGUAACUGACAAUGGAGGAGCAGGCUGGGAUAUAGAGUGUCCUCCUCAAGGAGUCAAACCACUGCCAGCUGAUCCCGUGUUUGAAAACAAACAGUUCUGCUUUGUCACAUCUUUUGGAAGGUGUUGCAUGGAACAAACAAUCGAUUUAAUUGACGAAGGGAUGAACGAAUACUUGCUAGGUUUUUUGCAACCAACGAUCAAGGUCAGCGAGUGGUUUUGUAGUCGGCCUAAUGUACCAGCAGUUUAUGAUUGCACCAUUAAACUCUUAAGAGAGCAAAAAUCAGACAGAACAGCAAUGGAAGUAUUGAAUUAUACUAAAAUUAUUGAAAAAGAUCAAAUGAAUCAGUGGUUUAAAUUCUGUCACGAAUUUAAAGAUUAUGGAAAAGGGUUGAGAAAAAUUAAAUUCUGUCAUAGUGGACAAGAUAGAUCUUACUCAAAUGGAUUUCGUGGCAGCAAAAUGGCUGGGGCAAGUGUAAGAUUAGAACUAAAUAUCUAAUUUACAUGGAUCAAUAUAUUAUUGCAUAAUUCAAAAAUUCUGCUGCACGUAAAUAGACAUGAUUAACUUAAUAUACUACAUAAUUAAUGUGAUAAAAUUUUAUGGUGA